GGAGGGGAUCUGCGGGGACCGGGUGGGGCGGGGACCGGCCAUGCGCGGCUCGAACUUGCAAAAACUUUCCGGUUCCUCUUUGAGCAGCGCUCGCUCCCCGGAGCAGCGCCCGGGAAGCGGGGUAGGGGUGCGGGCUCGGUCCUGGGUGGAUCGCGAAAGCGUCUUUGGCUGUGUGCGGGUAGUGCGGCUGAGUCCCCGGACCCCCAGAUCUUCCUGUGCAUUCAUUCACCUUCGCUUGAAAAGCCGUUUUCCUACUAGCAGCCACUUCAGAAGACGGCUUGGAGAGAAGUCAGAUGACAAAUGAGGAUAGAGUCGCUUUCAGCCCUGUCCUAUUCACUGGAAUAAAUUUUUCCCUGUUGCUGAUGGUGAUCAGCAAUCUCCCAUUGAGAUUAAAACCAAAGAAGUGAAAUAUGACUCUUCCCUCCAACCUCUUAGAAUCAAGUAUGACCCCAGCUCAGCUAAAAUCAUCAGGAACAGCGGCCAUUCCUUCAGUGUCGACUUUGAUGACACACAGGACAAAUCAGCUCUACGUGGGGGUCCUCUCACUGGAAGCUACAGGUUACGACAGUUCCACCUUCACUGGGGGUCGGCUGAUGACCACGGCUCUGAGCACAUGGUGGACGGAGUGAGGUAUGCUGCAGAGCUCCAUGUAGUGCACUGGAAUUCAGACAAAUACCCCAGCUUUGUUGAGGCAGCUCACGAGCCAGAUGGACUAGCUGUCUUGGGAAUAUUUUUACAGACUGGUGAACACAAUCCCCAGCUGCAAAAGAUUACUGACAUUUUGGAUUCUAUUAAAGAAAAGGGGAAACAAACUCGAUUCACAAAUUUUGACCCAUUAUCUCUCCUUCCCUCAUCCUGGGAAUACUGGACAUAUCCUGGUUCUCUGACAGUUCCACCUCUUCUUGAGAGUGUCACAUGGAUUGUUUUAAAACAGCCUAUAAAUAUCAGCUCUCAACAGCUGGCCAAUUUCCGCAGCCUCCUGUGUACAUCAGAGGGGGAAGCAGCAGCUUUUCUGCUGAGCAACCAUCGUCCACCUCAGCCUUUGAAGGGCCGAAAAGUGAGAGCCUCAUUUCGUUAACUGCUGUCACUGGAGACCACCCUGACUGAGAACAGCAACAAGACAAACUGGAGAACUCCCUGGGAGCAGUACUUCUCUUAAUGGGUACAUUUUGCUGUCAGCUUCAGGACCAGGAAGAAAACCAGAUCUCUUUAAUUAAACUAACUUAGCUCAUCUGUCCCAGAUUUGCACUUGUGGAUAUUCAACCACCAAGCAAUGUCUUUUGUGUAUUACACUUGGUCUUAGCCAAAAAGAAGCAAUUUUUUUGUGUAUUAAAAUACAUCAAAAACA